UUUAAACACUGGAACAUCACUUUCUCCCUCUUAAUCCAUCACUGCUCCAUUGGAAGGCUUCACCCAGAUCUGGCAUUUCUUUUGUCCAGUCAACAUACCCUUCAAGUGCUUGGAGUUGUAUUACUCUACAAACUAAACUACACUGAGACUUGGCUAUGUUUUUGACAAGCAAUGUCCACCGUGCUCCUCUGCAUGUGAGUGUGUCUUCUCUAUCCCAAUUGAACUCCCAAAGUGUCUUUUCUGUGAAGUACGCUGUAAAGUUGUUGAAAAAGUUAGCUGAUGAUGGGAACUUCAAAUUGGGAAAAGUUGUCCAUGCACUUCUUAUUGUAUCUAAUCAUGCCUCAGAAGACAACGUAAUUCAGAAUAAUUGUCUCAUUAAUCUCUACUCAAGGUGUGGACAACUUGCUAUGGCUCGGCAGAUAUUCAACAGAUUGCAGCAACGAAAUAUAGUUUCUUGGAGCACUUUAAUGACAGGAUAUUUGCACAAUGGGUUUACUUGGGAAGUACCCAAAUUGUUGAAAGACAUGGUUUCAGUGGAUAAUUUAUUUCCAAAUGAGUAUAUCUUGUCUACUGUACUUUCUUCUUGUUCUAAUGGUGGUUUGCUACACGAAGGGCAGCAGUGUCAUGCAUUAGUGUUGAAAUCAGGAUUAGUGUUUCAUCAGUAUGUGAAGAAUGCUCUUCUAUCCUUGUAUACAAUGUCUUCAGAUAUGGAAGGGGUUCUGGAAAUCUUGAAGUCUGUUCCUGGAUCAAGCAACAUUACUGAUAAUGUUGUACUAAAGGGCUUCUUGGAUCAUGGGUAUAUAAAUGAAGCAUUGGAUGUCUUCUCAAGGAUGUUGUCUGAGGGCUCAGUGGGGGACAAAAUCAGCUAUGUGAAUAUAUUUGGUCUUUGUGCUCGUCUCAAGGAUUUGAAAUUGGGUCAGCAAGUUCAUUGCAGAAUGUUGAAGUCAGGUCUUCAGCUUGAUGUGUUUUUAAGCAGUGCAGUCAUGGACAUGUAUGGAAAGUGUGGUGAAAUUUUAGGUGCAAGAUAUAUCUUUCAUUCUUAUCCUGACCAUAAUGUGGUGUCUUGGACAACAAUCUUGGCUGCAAAUUUCCAAAAUGAGUGCUUUGAGGAAGCCCUGAAAAUGUUCUUACAAAUGGAACUUCAGAAUGUUGUGCCAAAUGAAUACACAUUUGCAGUAUUGUUGCAUUCUUGUGCGGGUCUAUCAGCACUUGGGUGUGGGAAAACAUUACAUGCACGUGUUGAGAAGACAGGACAUGGAACUUUUGUCGUAGUGGGGAAUGCUCUAAUCAAUAUGUAUGUUAGGAGUGGCCAUAUUGAAGCCGCUAGGGCCUUAUUUUCAAACAUGAUAUGUCGAGAUACUGUUACUUGGAAUUUGAUAAUAUCAGGUUUCUCUCAUCAUGGGCUUGGUGAGGACGCAUUGUAUAUGUUUCAGGACAUGUUAGCUGCCAAAGAGCAACCAAGCUAUGUAACCUUUAUUGGGGUUCUUUUGGCUUGUGGACAUUUGGGUAGGAUAGAAGAAGGAUUUUACUACUUACAGCAUCUAAUGAGGGACUUUGGCCUUGAACCUGGGUUGGAGCACUAUACCUGUGUUGUAGGGCUCCUAGGUAAAGCUGGGAAACUUGAUGAGGCUGAGAAGUUCAUGAGGUCGACGCCAAUCACAUGGGAUGUUAUUGCUUGGCGUACUUUGCUAAAUGCUUGUAACGUCCACCGCAAUUAUGGUUUAGGACAGAAAGUGGCAGACCAUUUGUUACAAUUGAACCCCAACGACGUGGGAACCUAUAUCUUGUUGUCCAAUAUGCAUGCCAAGGUGAAAAGGUGGGAUGGUGUAGCAAAGAUGCGGAAGUUAUUAAGAGAAAGGAACAUAAAGAAAGAACCAGGAUUGAGCUGGACUGAAAUACGAAAUGAAACUCAUGUGUUUGUUUCUGAUGACACUCAACACCCAGAGACAGCUCAAAUCCAUGAGAAGGUGAGAAAAUUGUUGGCUGAAAUAAAACCAUUGGGUUAUAUUCCAGACACGGCUUCUGUCUUGCAUGAUGUUGAGCAAGAACAACAAGAGGGCUAUCUUAGUUACCACAGCGAAAAGCUGGCUGUCGCAUAUGCUCUCAUGAAAACACCAUCCCAAGCACCAAUUCAUGUUAUUAAGAAUCUCAGGAUAUGCGAUGAUUGCCAUUCUGCUUUGAAGCUUAUCUCGAAGGUGACAAUGAGAGUGAUAGUUGUAAGAGAUGUCAAUCGAUUCCACAGUUUUCAAAAUGGGUCCUGUUCGUGUGCAGAUUAUUGGUGAAUCAUAACAUGAUUGGCAAAUAGUUUCUUCCAAGGUGUCGAAGGAUAUUUUUCCCAAACUUACAUAAUCAUAUCUCAGCCAACCAGAAGUAGUGAGCUUAAAUAAAGCUUUCUUAACCAGCAAUCAUAAAUCUGCCAGAGGUGAAAAGAUCCUAGGAGUACCAACUGUUAGUGCUCUAUUUGGAACAGAUCCAUUCUUGUGACGUACAACUCCUUUACAGCCAAAGCGUGGUGGAAUUUUAGAACAAAGAAUUCUCUACUAACUUCCUUUCUAAAUGCUAAAUAUUGUAAAAGGAUUCAUCCAGUGGCCAAAAAGAAGAACUACUCUCAGUCUCAUCUAUGGAGAAGACUCAUGGACACUAGAAAAGAAUGUUAGAGGCAUAUCUUCUGGAAAAUUGGCAAAGGGGAUGUGUCCUUUUGGUGGGAUAAUUGGACCAACAAAGGUGCCUUAGCUAAUCUGAUUGAGCAAAGCAGCAGAUCUAAGAAGAUUCUUGUCUCUGACUUCAUCGUGCAUGACACUAGGAAUCUGGAUAAACUUAAUGAUUUGCUCCCUUCUUAUCUAGUUACACAUAUCCAAACCAUCAGCAUAUCUCCUCAAAAUGAAGAUUACCCUAUCUGGACACCUGAUCCAUCAGGCUCAUUUUCUACCAAAUAUGCCUGGAAUGCUCUAAGAACUCAUAGAAUCACUGCUCUUACUCACACCAAGAUCUGGCAUAACAAGAUGCCCUUUAAGAUCUCAUUUAAUGCCUUGAGACUUCUCAAGGAUAAGCUGGCCAUUGAUGUUAAUCUCUCCUGGUUUAAAGUCCACGGACCUUCCAGAUGUUGUUGUUGUAACAAUGGUUCUAUUGAAACAAAUUAUCAUUUUUUAAUGAGGGAGAAGUGGCCAAGAGAGUGUGGAAAUACUUCUAUGAUGCGUGUGGAAUUCCUCAUAAAAAUUCCCUAAAUAUUAGAGCUAAAUUCAUGGCAUGGUGUCUCAUCAAGCCUCAAAACCAAGUACAUGAAAUCAUUCUUCAAUGUCUUCCUAGUUUUAUUACUUGGGAAAUCUGGAAAUUCAGAUGCUCUUAUAAAUAUGAUGGCAUCAGGUCGACUACUAACAGAGUGAUUGAUCAAAUCACCAUGCUGAUGCAGAGGACUCUUGCAGCUCAGUUUACCACCAUAAACUUCUCCCCUCCUUUUUCAAAUAUAUUUCAUGUUGUGGAAAGAAUCUGUCCACAAUUAUCUAUCAUUCCAGUGAGUUGGAAAUGUCCUGAUAUCGGGAAAUAUUAACUUAAUGUUGAUGGUUGUUGCAAAGGGAAUCCAGGAAGUGCUGGAGCAGGAGGAAUUUUGCGAUAUCACAAUGGACAUAUGAUCAUGACUUUCGCAUCUUACCUUGGGGAAUGCUCUAACAACUACGCAGAGAUUCAAGCCAUAAAAAUUGGAUUGAAGUGGUGCUUGGAUAAUGGUUUCAGAAAUCUGAUUAUUGAAUCUGAUUCUCUGCUUACUAUUCAUAUGAUCAAUGGCAACAUAUCCACCUCCUGGCAUUUAAAAUAUGAGAUCAAGAAGAUUCAAGCCAUGAAUGC